AUGUCCGAUUGCCAGCAAUUAUGGGAGUUGCACCUGCAUUGGAUAUCCAUGACUAACUUGGUAUUUGACAUAGGAAGUGCAACCUACACAACAAUCAUAUUGUUCCUGCCACAAUUGUUCUGUUCAGUCCCUAAUCUGACAAUCCCACCAGCCCUGAGGGUGAAGGGCAUCAAUACUUGGCAAGAACUCAGGCAGGGGAUGUUGGAUGUUGGGAUGAUUGGCUCCCACAAGAACCAAAUAAGCAAGGUUGGGAACCAGUCCCAUCUAGCCAUGACUCCAGAAGUGAUGGCACCACUGCCCGGAGACCAUACAUUCAUUGACCUCGAUGCCGAUGAUAAUCCCUCUUGGACGGUGCUCCCUGCUACAAAACAUGCUCCUGGACCUACAGACGUGAAGGGAGCCAGUGUUCAUACUCCCGACUAUAGAGUAUCCGAGAUCCUGAUGCAAAGUCCCAUCCACCACGUACAACAAAGUCCUAAGCCACAUGCUCAAGAUGGCCGGGAACUAUCAAGAUCCUCUUCACAGGCUUCGUCGUAUCAAUCUCUACUGGAGUUGUGUGCUAGCUCAGGCUCACAAACGUCGCGUACCAGUGUGGAUCGCGGAACACCGAACGCCGGCUUCGCGAAGCCCAAGCGCAGAAAGGACGUCUUUGUCGGUGUGGUCAUCACGGCCUCUGUAAAGAAUAGUACCGCAUCCGCGUCGAAAGAUGGCAAUGGCACUCCUCCGGCUCCCACGAAUGCCUCCGAGCGUCUUCAGGGACGACACGCCUUACGCCCGCCCGUCCAUGUCACCGUACAUUCCGGCGACGAAUUUCCGCAAAGGCUGUCUCGGAAACAUGCUGUAGAUGUAGUCGCUCGGCCAACUCGUCAUCAAACGCUGACGACAUCUCGGGCAACCCGGACGCACGAGGCUUCGUACCGCGUCGACGCGAUCGCUAAGUACUGGCAGAGAGUUGAUGAUCUUCUUGAGACGGACAUAGCGCCUGCCGCCUUUGACAAACGUGCUGUGCAUGCAUACACAGCCGAGGGAGAGCUGCGCUGCGGGCGGGCUUUGCGGUUCAUUCCGCCGGAGAUUAGGUCUGCUGCGAAGGCGGGGAAGACGAAGGAAUGGGAGGCGUAUACCAUGCCUCGAUGGUCGCAGACUGCCGAGUUCAAGGAGAGACUGGACGCAAAUCUGGGGCCUGGCGACCUCAACCGGGGCUUAUGGAAACGCCCGAGACCUUUGGCGAGAGAGUCGCGUAAGACGGAAGAGGAUAACCCCGGAGCAGAAGCGUCCGACGGGGAAUCCUCCGUCACGGCCACCGAACAUCCAUCCAAGAGGCUGAGAAGCGCUGACAACUCAAUUCCCGAGUAUCCGGCAGAUGUCUCGGAAAACAGCGGAGGAGUGGAAGAGAUCUGGCCAAACAGACGGACCAACAUGCAAGGCAAGCCCGUUUCCCAGACAUAG